CCUUUCUUCUUUUAAAAGCAACAGAUCUGCCCUGUGAGUCCCUGUCACGUCUGCAGGAACGCGGUGCUUUUUCCACAGCUGGGCACCAGGACCUUCUCUCAGGAGAUUCCCUUUGAUCAGAGAGCUGUACAUACAAGAGACUUGCUGCGAGCAUGGACCUCAGUGAAAAAUGGCCUUUGGAGGAAGGAACCUGGCUGUCUCAUGCUGGAAUUCAUCAUUUUGCCAACACCAGAGGGGGUAUGGCUGCUUUCGCUGUCCCUGAUACACGCGGUCCUCUUCAACUCCUGCACCCAUUGUGUCAACCCAGCUGUACUCUACAGUGAGUUUGUGGAAGAAGCUUCAUCCGCGCCCUACAGCCCCGAGGAGUUAGGUCCCCCUCCUGCCUGUUACAACCCCAGUAGUCCCAUCCAGAUUCUGGAAGACCCCAACUACUUUUUCCCAGACUUUCAGCUCUAUUCUGGGAGGCAUGAAGCAUCUUUGACGGUGGAGGCAAACAGUAGCAUCAGGGAAAAAGUUGUUGAGGAUCCUCUUUGUAACUUCCACCCGCCGAACUUCCCGAGGAUCUCAGAGGUGGAAAUGAGAGGUUCCGAGGAUGCGGCAGCUGGAACAGUGUUACAGCGGCUGAUCCAGGAGCAACUGCGCUAUGGUACCCCGACCGAGAACAUGAACUUGCUGGCCAUUCAGCACCAGGCCACAGGGAGUGCAGGACCAGCCCACCCCACAAACAACUUUUCUUCCACGGAAAACCUCACUCAAGAAGACCCACAAAUGGUCUACCAGUCGGCACGCCAGGAACCGCAGGGUCAGGAACACCAGGUGGACAACACGGUGAUGGAGAAACAGGUGCGGUCCACGCAGCCUCAGCAGAACAACGAGGAGCUGCCCACGUAUGAGGAGGCCAAGGCGCAGUCCCAGUUCUUCCGGGGGCAGCAGCCGCCGCCACCGCAGCAGCAGCAGCAGCAGCAGGGGGCCGUGGGUCACGGCUACUACAUGGCGGGGGGCGCCAGUCAGAAGGCGCGGACUGAGGGCAGGCCCACGGUGAACCGCGCCAACAGCGGGCAGGCGCACAAGGACGAGGCGCUGAAGGAACUCAAGCAGGGCCACGUCCGCUCUCUCAGUGAGAGGAUCAUGCAGCUGUCGUUGGAGAGGAACGGGGCAAAGCAACACCUCCCUGGCCCAGGGACCGGAAAGGGGUUCAAGGCGGGCGGGGGGCCCUCCCCAGCCCAGCCUGCAGCUAAAGUGCUGGACCCCCGAGGUCCUCCACCCGAGUACCCCUUCAAGACCAAGCAAAUGAUGUCCCCGGUGGGCAAGACCCAGGAGCAUGGACUUUUCUACAGUGACCAGCACCCGGGGAUGCACCACGAGAUGGUCAAGCCUUACGCUGCCCCCCAGCCUGCGAGGACAGAAGUGGCCGUCCUGAGGUACCAGCCACCCCCAGAGUAUGGGGUAACGAGCCGCCCCUGCCAGCUUCCUUUCCCGUCAACGGUGCAGCAGCACAGCCCGAUGUCCUCCCAGAACUCCUCCGUCAGCGGGCCGCUGCACUCGGUGUCCCUGCCACCUCCACCUCCGAUGACCCUGGCAGCCUCGCAGCCCACGCCAGCCGCCUCCCCCAGCCAGCAGCUUGGUCCGGAUGCAUUUGCGAUCGUGGAGCGAGCCCAACAGAUGGUGGAGAUCCUAACCGAGGAGAACCGGGUGCUGCACCAGGAACUUCAGGGUUACUACGACAACACCGACAAGCUCCACAAGUUUGAAAAAGAACUUCAGAGAAUCUCGGAAGCCUAUGAGAGCCUGGUCAAGUCUACCACCAAGCGAGAGUCGCUGGACAAGGCGAUGAGAAACAAACUCGAAGGCGAGAUUCGAAGGCUCCAUGAUUUCAACAGAGACCUCCGAGAUCGACUGGAGACUGCCAACAGGCAGCUGUCCAGCAGGGAGUAUGACGGACACGAAGACAGAGCGGCCGAGGGGCUUUACGCUUCCCAGAACAAAGAAUUCUUGAAGGAAAAGGAGAAGUUAGAAAUGGAGUUAGCGGCAGUGCGGACCGCGAGUGAGGACCACCGGAGACACAUCGAGAUCCUGGACCAGGCUCUGAGCAACGCCCAGGCCAGGGUCAUCAAGCUGGAAGAGGAGCUCCGAGAGAAGCAGGCAUACGUGGAGAAGGUUGAGAAGCUGCAGCAGGCCCUGACCCAGCUGCAGUCCGCGUGCGAGAAGCGGGAACAGAUGGAGCGAAGACUGCGCACCUGGCUGGAGAGGGAGCUGGACGCGCUGAGGACCCAGCAGAAACACGGAAACGGCCAGCCAGCCAGCCUGCCGGAAUACAAUGCCCCGGCCCUCAUGGAACUCGUAAGGGAGAAGGAAGAGCGGAUCCUGGCGCUGGAGGCUGACAUGACCAAGUGGGAGCAGAAGUACGUAGAGGAGAGCGCCAUCCGGCACUUCGCCAUGAACGCUGCAGCCACUGCAGCGGCCGAGAGGGACACCACGAUCAUCAACCACUCGAGGAACGGCAGCUAUGGCGAGAGCUCGCUGGAGGCCCACAUCUGGCAGGAGGAGGAGGAGGUGGUGCAGGCCACCAGGAGAUGUCAGGACAUGGAGUACACUAUUAAAAAUCUCCAUGCCAAAAUCAUAGAGAAGGAUGCCAUGAUUAAGGUCCUCCAGCAGCGAUCCCGUAAAGACGCCGGGAAGACGGACUCCUCCAGCCUGCGGCCCGCUCGUUCCGUCCCGUCCAUCGCUGCAGCCACUGGGACUCACUCCCGCCAGACCUCGCUCACCAGCAGCCAGUUAGCCGAGGAGAGGAAGGAGGAGAAGACCUGGAAGGGGAGCAUAGGGUUGCUGCUGGGGAAGGAGCCCCACGAACACACAUCCACCCCCUUGCUGCCCACCCCGCCUGCCACAGCGCUAUCUCCUGCGGCCCUUGCCACCUCGGCCAGCAGCGCCCACGCCAAGACAGGCAGCAAGGACAGCAGCACACAGACGGACAAGAGCGCCGAGCUCUUCUGGCCCAGUGUGGCCUCCCUGCCCACACGCGGCCGGCUGAGCGGAACCCCUUCCAACAGCCCGGUCCUGAAGCACCCAGCGGCCAAGGGCACGGCAGAGAAGCUGGAGAAUUCUCCUGGCCACGGGAAGUCACCAGACCACAAAGGUCGCAUCAGCAGCUUGCUCCACAAGCCCGAGUUCCCUGACGGGGAGAUGAUGGAAGUUCUCAUCUAACACCGGCAUCCCUGUUGAAUUUUGCAACAGAACAUUGACAAGCAAGGAACGUGGCAAAGAGAAAGAAAGAUCAAGAAGGUUGUGGAUGGGAAAUCAGGAAUGAUUUGAACUGAUCAGGAUUUCAGAUUAAUGAGAACACUUUUUAUAAAUGUUAAAAACCAAACAAAACAAAAACAGGAGACCUACAUGACUGAAAAUGAAGAGGAUGUCGUGGAUUUUUACUGCAUAUGGUGGAAGAGAGAAGAUGCAUGUAGGUUUGGAAACAAAGAAGAAAUAGGAAAUGGAAUUUUUCCAUUGUACAGAAAAUGUAUCUCUUGGGGAGGGUCUGUGUACACCCAUUCUCUGGUUAUAAACAGAUAAACCUGAGCAUGGAUCUUCCUUGAAAUACGCCCAUUCUCCUUGCCUCUUAGCUUGUUUUGUUUGAGAAGAACCUCCUAGAAAUCUCGGAGAGUCCGUCUUGAUAUAAUGUAAUAUCACCUGUGCCCUCCACGGGGUGUCCUGUGAAUGCGUGUGGGUGUGGCAGGGAGGAGAAAUGUCCAGGGUGAUGGGGAAUUUAAAAGCCCAUCUUCACCUCAUUACCUGCUUGGUUUGGACUUCUUAGCUUUUCUGGAUUGAGCAGUAUUUUCUAAACAGGAUGGGAGCUCUCUGGUCUUGGUGUUCAUCCUUCCUCACUUCUCUGAGUUCAUCUCUGUCUCUGCUUCAUACUCUUUAAUUUUACCCUUUUUUCCUUCUUUUUUUUUUUCCUUUUGCAACAAGCCAUGACAGAAUUCCUUUGUUCUGGGGUUUAUCAGAGCAGUAACUGAACGGUCAUCAUUCAUCGUGACCAGUGGGACAAAGCCGUAUGGCGGGUCCCCUGGCUGCUUCCUCCACCUUUGAGGAGUUGGGCUGCAGUGGUUGAUCUCAUUCUGACCAUGAACUAGGUAAGCUCUGACUAGGCGGAAGAUCCAUGAACACUGUGACGUCUUGCAUUAAGUUCAUGGCCCCGACUUUUUUCUCUCUCACAUCAGCUCUUGCGUGGAGUUUGGUUAUCUCCACCUCAUUGCUCUGUUGAGGUAGGACUUUCAGGACUGCACUCCGGACAACGAGUGACACUUGACUUGGUGGCAUCCAGAAUCUCCCCAGGCACCUUGUCCCGCUUUCUACUGUUUGUGGCCACCGCUCUGCCUGCCCCUCGCAUCCCUCUGGGCAUUGUUGGUGAGCACGCAGACUCUGUGACUGUCAGCACGGGUGUGUCAGCACAUCAGUUCUGCCCUGCCAGGAACUUGCUUUGUAACCUAACAGGCCAGUGUCUAUACAGUGUGGUCAGGUUUUUCAAGAUUUCAGUUGGGAGCAACUUGUCCAAAGUAAGACAGAAACACCAGGUCAAAGAGCCAGGAGUGAGAGAGGUCGUGGGCCUCAUCCCUGUGCUGUAAGGUUUCCCAUCUGACUCCUCAGAUAUCGGCUUUCUUUACAAAUCUAGAAGGUGCUGGAUCAGAAGAGAGAAGCUAGUCAGGCCGUCAGAUGCUCAUGCAGGAUCCUGAUCGUUUUCUCCCUGCAGGGUAGCUGGAUCUGUGUUUUCCCAGGUUCCUUUCCUCAUGCUUACUUAAGAGAAGAAAAAAAAGCCCCAGGUCUGAGGCUUUUUCAAGUCCCACCCAAAUGAAACCCUGAAGACAGCAUCACUUAGGAAAUUUUGCUUGGGUGGCUCAUUUUAGAGUUGGUAUUUGCAGUGGAACCUGGGUGAAGCUUCCCCAAAUUGAGGUGGUAGAAGGAUGACAGAGGUGUGAGCUGGAGAGGGAGAGGUGGGGAAGGAAACCAAUGGCUUUGCCCAGGGGGCCUCUGAGCUGCCUAGUGGUCAGGAGAGUAAGCAGAACGGAUGCUGCUCAAGCCCCGCUCUGCGGUAGGCGCCGUGCAUCAUGCCGGUUGCCUCUUGCAGUCCCAUGUUAACCAUCGCUGAGGAUUGUGCAGCCUAGGAAACCAGAGCAGCCCUGGGUGUGAGGAGGGAGCAGCGAGGCCCCAUGGCGGGUGUGGGGGCCAAGUGAGUAUGGACACAUCGGGGCAGGGAUGGGGCGGAGGAAUCCCCAUCCCAGGCUCAGCUCCCCGUCACUUUUUAUAGGUCAUGAGGCUCAGUUGAUGGCAACUAACUCUCUGAAGGACAUUUUGACCCCUGAUUAACGCGGGGGAUGGAAAGAAAACGUCUAGAAAUAAGAGGGCACGUCAACUCUGCCAGCCCCCAUCAUCCGUGUCUGGGCUACCCCAAACAUGGGCUGUGUCGCCUAGAAACAGGUGAGAGUGACAGCCGCAGCCCAGUUUCCCACAAAGCCUCAUCUUUAUGCCCCAGCACAUCUUGUCGGCAGCUCAGGCACAAGGCUCAUCUGCUUUCCUUGGUCCCCCGCGUUGCCAGGCGUGUUAAUUGUCAGAAUGCAAACACAGAUGUCACCAUUUUUCAGUUGUGCUGUAGUCUCUUAAUCCUUUUUUCUUCUAACCUGCUAAGACUCUUCCAUAAAAAGAGGGACCUAUAGUUUUGAAAUGUCUUCUUUUAAGGGCCCUGGCACUUUUCAUCUUCAUAGCUCGAAGCCUUGCUUGCAUUUAGGAGAAAUGCAGAUACUGAACUCCCACUGUGUGUUCUGGCAGUUGACAAUAUAUGAUCUCAUUGGAUUUUCAGAAAAUAAUCCUAGCUCCAUUUUUUUAGUGCCAACUGUAUGCAGGCACUGGGGUAAGUCCCUUUUAAUGAGUCCUCAGACCACGUGGGAGCAGGGGCGAGUUUAUCAUCCUUAUUUCAUGGAGGAGGAAACUGGGGCUCAGGAGGUCAAGUUCCUUCCCCAGGAGAGGCUGGGAUCUGAACUGAGGCUUUGGGAGAGAAGCUGUGCCUUCGACACAGGCUGGACUGCCUCUGACUUGGGGAUGAUAAGUGCCACAGCUUGACCCGCUCUGUCCCCUGUGUGUGAUGUGUGCACUCGUAGACACACACACACACACACACACACACACCCACCCACCCACCCACCUUCCUGCCCCCUUACCACCCCGGGAGCUAAGAAAUAGGACUAGAGCCCAGAACUGCUAGAACUGCCCAUAAACACAGGUAUAGGUAGGACUUUGUGUUCCGUUGUAAGCAGGACCACAAAGUCUGGUUAAAAAGCACUUACUUGCGAGUGGUCCAGAGGCCGGGCCUUCUCCAGAACUUUUCAGUGGUGUCUGAUUCUGAACUCGCGGGCUCUGUCUCAGGGUGAAGGGUAAAGGCCUCAGCCUUGUGUGAUGACGUGCUGGAGUAACUCCGCUUCUUCCUUCAGUGUGUCGCCUGGCGGUUUCUGCAUGCUGCCCGGGGUUCUGUGUGCAACAGGAGAUGUUGCCGCUUUCCGGCAGUAAUUUCAGAGCGUGUGCAGAACCUUUCCUUAUAGCUUUUUCUUCUUAGCUUUUCUUCUGCUUCCCGGAGUUGGGAAACCAGGCACAGUGUCAUGCUCAGUCUGCUUGGAGCAGGCAUGCGGGACAGGGCUGCCACGUCCCUCCCAGGGCUUGGGGUGGAGGGCAGAGAGUGGGGACACGUCUCUCUUCUUCAGUUUUGCAGAACUUGCUCUUUGGAACCUAUGUGUGCAUUUGACUAUGCAGGACUUGGGUUGGAUGGAGACAGUUGCUCCCAAUGGGUUGUGAACUUGGAAGAGAGAGUUCAUUGGUUCUGUUGCUCAGCGGGGAGGCCGUUGCAAUGCCCCCUGCAGAGAAGCCAGCCAUCACUGCUGUUCGUUCUCUCCCGGGUUUGCCCGCAGCCUCCUGUGUCCUUAUGAUGCUGAGUGCUGACGAUCGCAGGUGGCUCCUGCGUCCUCGUCCGUAGCUGAUGGCAAGAGAAAUUCUCCCUACAGCAGCCUGAGUCUCAGAGACUGAAGUGAACACAGACGUCAGGUGGGGCAGGGCCCCGGGGGCUGUGGAGACUAGGUGGAGGAGUUGCAAGGUUUUGGGGCAGGGAGCUCACGCUUGGGCUGCUGGGAGCUGAGCAAAGAGGUAUGUUUUCCAGAACAAAGUCCUGCUGCGUGUCUGCACUGGUGCCAGUGGGGCGUGCUUUCUCUCUGCCCCCAGUGAUCUCACACUCCUCCUAAGCCUAGGAGGACCGUGGUACAAGGGAGCUGGGCGAGUGUUCUUAAACGGAGAAUGUCCAGCCCACAGUUGCCUGCUUCUCCCCAAGUCUGACACAGCCAUGGUUUACGCUUUAUAAAUGUUGGUUUUCUCUUCUUUUUUCUUGCUGAUUAAUCAGUGGGUUUAAAAUGUCUUCGUUCAACAUGAGGAUUGUUUAAUGGGUUUGCCUCUGGUGUGUGGCUCUAUGGGAGAUGGGCAGAGUAAUUAAGAAGUUACCAGAAGCUGAUCAGCUGGGAGCAUGGAAAAGUCAGCAUUUCAGUAAAUGGAUUUCUUCUGGAACUAUCAAUAAUGAGCAAUUUUUUUCUGUCCCUUUUAAGUAGUAUCCCCUUUUCUCAUUUGGUAAUUUAAUGGUAUAAAGACAUGUAUAUGUCAGUGCAUACAUACGCGGUGUGACUAUAAGGUUGUAUGUCGAGUUUCUUUUCUUAAUAUCCAGAAGAUCCAAGUGUUUCAUCUCACCCCACGUUGCUUAAGAGGUGACCCUUUGCGAGACUCUGUGCUGAUUACUGCCGUGCUAAGUAGAAACAUUUUGCAGACGCCUCUGUUAGAAUGGAUUUGGGGGCCUGGCAUGUUCCCCUGGUUAUCCUUAGAGAUGAGAAAUCAUCAUCCUUUGAAGGCAGGUUGAAGUUUGGAAAUAAUCCCAAGUCAUUCACUCAGUUGGAUAAAUAAAGAUGGGUGAUUAAGGUAAGUCACAUCCUUUUAGCUUUUUUUUUUUAAAAGAAGUCCUUAAGAUGUUCCUGGGGGAUGAGUCUUUGGACCCUCAGAGGCUUUCAGAGUGACCACUUCAAAGGAGGACAGUAAUUGUUAGUACGUGUACCUUCCAGAGGGUUCGUUUUUAAAAACCUGCUCUCUUGCCACGCCUUGUAUGUGUUCACGUCUCUGCGUACACGCGGGUGUAAGUGCACAUUCAUGAGUAGCCGCCUCCAGUAGGAAUUCUGUAAAACCCUGUUAGACUUAAGUGCAUGUUAUUGUCAUGUUAGGCCAAGACUGAGGUGUUUCUUUGUCAUGAAACUUCGCUUCCUCACAGAAUUAAAAUAUUGUUUUUUCAAUAUAAUGAAGUACAUAUACAGUAUUUUCUUGUAUCAGCUCCCGAAGUUUUGGUGCCCAGUGGUGUGUUUACAUGUGGUUUGCCUAAGAUUCCGUUCACAUAGAGACACCUGUAAGUAUUUAUUACAAACCGGAAUGUAAGCAAAUUGAUCCAUAGUGGUUUUCUUUGAAUUAAGGUGUUUUCCCCUUUUGCGGAGGGGGAGGGGAGGUUCCUUCUCCGCGUGAGGCGCAUGCAGAAUCUGGGACAUUCUGUGAGGCUGGGCAGGCCGUGCACCCACCUCAGCCAAAGCUCCAACGGCCCCGGCUGCCGCCACACUUCCCGCCAGCUGUGUGUACCAUCGCCCUGCUUGGUGGCGUGUGCCGUGUUCCCUCCAGCAGACUCUGAUGUAAGAUUCUGGCAUCUUCGUAUUGCUAGUCUGUAUUGAAGCAGAGGUGGAGGGUACAGAGCUGCACGGCCAGCUGGGUCUGUGUCCAGAGCGGGGAAAUCCAAGAAGACGGCGUGUCCCUCACAGCAAAUGUUGAUACUGUUGGUCAGCCAAAGAUUUUCCUAUUCUUUGCUGCUUAAACUUGUGCCUUAAUAUUGUAUAUAAUAAAUGGAUAAAACGGC